ACAGAGACAGUUGAAAGCCAAGUCGAAGAUGUCUGUUACUGUUUAUUUAUGGUAUUGUUGUUCUGCUGGAGUGCCACCAUAUAUAUUUGUCUUUUUUUUGUCAAAGUGUUUUUGUGUUUAGUAGUAUUUUAUGUUUGGAUGGAUGAAAAAAGGAUCCCCCUAGUCCUAAGUACCACCUAGCUAGUAUUAAAGAUUGCCUGGUAGUGCAAUAUGGAAAAUAGUUUUUAAGGGCGACCUGGUACAAUUUACACUACUAUUGUGAUUCCUGAUGAUGAAAUCAAAUAAUUGAUAUCGAAAUAUUGAAUCCCGACACAAUGGCGUGCAUUUCAAUACUUGGAGUAUGUAUUAUAUUAUUUUAUCUGAGAUUAAUCAGUGGACCUUUAGGAUUGUGGGUAAAGUAUUUGUUUUAUACAAGAAAAUGCACCAACUGGCAACACGGAUAAUUUUUCCUAUUGUGUGUGGGAAUUUCCCACCGGUCAUGGGGAUUCCCCAGUUUAGACUAGGCCUUAUAAAUACUGUACAGUAUUCUGUCCCUUACUUGUCUAUCCUCCACUACUUGUGAUUUGAAAACACCAGUUUAAAACGUCUUAUUGAAAAUAUAUUCCAUCAAAAUCAUUUUCUGCAUUAUUAGAAAAUGGAUGCAGAAGUAGAUUGCUAUGACAACCAGAGGAGUGGUGAAAGUAAUGUGGCGACUCCUGCGAAGUAUGUGAAAGGGCUUGGAAGAGGUCAAAUGAAACCAAUCGACCCCAUGACUAUACGUUUACCAAAAUUCCUGAUGGAAAAUAUAGAGAAUGGAAAGACCCGAAAACCAAAGGCUGAAAGUAGUGGAUCAUCAUAUUUGUCUUCGAAAAUCAAAAAUGAAAUCAGUAUACUCAACAGUUAUAUCCAAAGUCAUCAAAAUUCUAAACAACUUUCUAAUGCCAGGUCUGUACAAACUUUUGACUCUGACCCUCAUAUCUUUGAUUGGCCUGAAGCCAAAAAACGCAGUUCCCAAGGAAGUCGUUCCUCGUCUUUUUCUGCGCUUAGCUCAACAGCCGAUGAUGUUAAAAGUCUUUCAGUGAAUGAUAAGAACGAGUGGCCAACGAUUAAUAAUUCCACAGAUGCAAGUGUUUUUGUGAGUGAUAAGGUUGAAUGGCCAGCGAUUACUUCCAAAAAGACGAGUCCUGACAGCUCAAAAGAAUCGGAAUCAGAACCUGAAAGUAAAGAAAUUCUUCUUGAUUUUAAGUCGGUUGGUAGAAAGUUGCUAAGCACAAAUGGUGAUCAUGCAGGAGCCUUGGAUGUUGACAAAGAUGACAAAAAAACUGACGAACAGCAAAAACAAAAGGACAAUUAUAAACUGUGUGUUCAAAAUAUUCCUUACACUAUAACUGAAACUGAUCUGAUGGGGGCGCUUUCUACCUACGGCACUGUCAACAGCUGUCAAAUAUUUCAAGGGACGGACAAUCAUGCAAUGGCAAUAGUUGUCAUGGAUAGUCAGAAAGCAUGUGAUUGGGCAGUAUCCUGUCUCCAUGGCGAGGAAUCACCAUUUUCAGGAUAUGAAGAUGGAGAUGUACCAAAAUUAAGUGUCAUUCAAAUUAAGGAGUGUGAAAGAAGAUGAUUUAGGAGAGAAAAUGUGAUCUUAUACUGAUUAUUGAAGGUAGUUAGCCGAAGCCCCUUUUUGUAGUAGUACUUUUUUAUAACUUGGUUUUUGUUAAAGAAACAAUUCUGAGUUAACCUUUGCAUAUAGGAAACCACCCUUACCAUGAACCUGGUUACUGGCCUGAAUUUCUACAAAAAUUUAGGCCUAUAAUUAUAUUAUUAGAUUUAUUUUUGUAUAGCGCAUAAUGCAUACAGCCUCUGCAUUUCACAGCCUCUAUGCAUUUCACAUUUAAAGAAAUAAGCCAGAGUAAAAAAAAAAACAAGAUUAAAUAUAAUGAAGAUUUGUAACUAGUGGAAGUUUCAUGCAUCAAAUCUACAAUAAAUUAUUAAUUUUACAAAUUUUACAAAUUAUUUUGUAAUUAUUAACUAUUUAGUUACUAUACAGUAUGACAAAAUGAAUAAUUAUU